GGAAGCGCUUCGGCUCUGGCGGAACUUGCCGAGCCCCUUCCGGAGGAGCCCGAGGCCAGGCCGAGGCGUCCCGAAGCUCUUCCGGAGGGGCCCGAGGCCGAGCCGAGUCGUCCCGAAGCUCUUCCGGAGGGGCCCGAGCCCACGCCGAGGCAUCCCGAGGCUUCUCCGGAGGUGCCCGAACCCUUUCCGAGCCUCUUCCGAAAGGUUCCGAGGCCUCUCCGGAAGCGCCCGAGGCCGCGCCGAGCUUGUUCCGAAGCCGCCCGAGCCGUUCCGGAGGCGCCCGAACGGGUCGUGCCGGUGCGGAGGCGGCGGGAGCGGGAGGCGAUGAAGCGCGGCCGGGGCCGGGCCCGGGGGUAGCGCGGCCGAGCGAGCGGCCAUGGCGGCCAACAUGUACCGCGUCGGCGAUUAUGUCUAUUUUGAGAACUCCUCCAGCAACCCCUACCUCGUCCGCCGCAUCGAGGAGCUCAACAAGACCGCCAACGGCAAUGUGGAGGCCAAGGUGGUCUGCCUCUUCCGCCGGCGGGACAUCUCCAGCAGUCUCAACAGCUUGGCCGACAGCAAUGCGCGCGAGUUUGAGGAGGAGUCCAAGCAGCCCACCAUGACAGAGCAGCAGCGUCACCAGUUGAAGCACCGCGAGCUCUUCCUCUCCCGGCAGUUUGAAUCGCUGCCGGCCACCCACAUACGGGGGAAGUGCAGCGUGACGCUGCUCAACGAGACCGACAUCCUGGGCCAGUACCUGGAGAAAGAGGACUGCUUCUUCUACUCGCUGGUGUUCGACCCCGUCCAGAAAACCCUCCUGGCUGACCAGGGUGAGAUCCGAGUCGGCUGCAAGUACCAGGCAGAAAUCCCAGACCGGCUGGCCGAAGGCGAAUCGGACAACCGAAACCAGCAGAAGAUGGAGAUGAAGGUGUGGGACCCCGAUAACCCCCUGACCGACCGGCAGAUCGACCAGUUCCUGGUGGUGGCACGAGCUGUCGGGACGUUCGCGCGUGCUCUGGACUGCAGCAGCUCCAUCCGACAGCCCAGCCUGCACAUGAGUGCCGCCGCCGCAUCCAGGGACAUAACACUGUUCCACGCCAUGGACACGCUGCAGCGUAACGGCUAUGACUUGGCCAAGGCCAUGUCGACGCUGGUGCCACAGGGGGGGCCGGUGCUGUGUCGCGACGAGAUGGAGGAGUGGUCGGCUUCUGAGGCCAUGCUCUUCGAGGAGGCGCUGGAGAAGUACGGGAAGGACUUCAACGACAUCCGGCAGGACUUUCUGCCCUGGAAGUCCCUGGCCAGCAUCGUGCAGUUCUACUACAUGUGGAAGACCACCGACCGCUACAUCCAGCAGAAGAGGCUGAAGGCAGCGGAGGCGGACAGCAAGCUGAAGCAAGUCUACAUCCCCACUUACACGAAGCCAAACCCCAACCAGAUCAUCUCGGUGGGCUCCAAACCUGGCAUGAACGGGGCCGGCUUCCAGAAGGGGCUGACCUGCGAGAGCUGCCACACCACCCAGUCUGCCCAGUGGUACGCCUGGGGUCCCCCCAACAUGCAAUGCCGCCUCUGCGCUUCCUGUUGGAUCUACUGGAAGAAGUACGGGGGGCUGAAGACCCCCACCCAGCUGGAGGGGGCGGCCCGCAGCGCCUCGGAACCGCACUCUCGGGGUCACCUCUCGCGCCCCGAAGCGCAGAGCCUCUCUCCCUACACCACCAGCGCCAGCCGGGCCAAAUUAUUGGCCAAAAACCGCCAGACUUUCCUGCUGCAGACCACCCGCCUCACCCGCCUGGCGCGUCGCCUCUGCCGCGACGUCCUGCAGCCGCGCCGCGCCGCCCGCCGCCCCUACGCCCCCAUCAACGCCAACGCCAUCAAGGCUGAGUGUUCCAUCCGCUUGCCCAAGGCCGCCAAGGCCCCCCUCAAGAUCCAUCCGCUGGCCCGACUGCCCCUCGCCGCCAUCGUCAAGGAAUUAGCGGCACAGGCCCCCCUGAAGCCGAAGACGCCGCGGGGCACCAAGACCCCCAUCAACCGGAACCAGCUAAGCCAGAGCCGGGGGCUGGCGGGGCUGGUGGGCAAGAGGGGCUACGAGGGGGCCGGUGAAGGCCACCGCCCCCCCCCGGGUACGGGUACGGGGCUCUGGGGGGCUACGAGGGGGCGGCGAGGGCCACUACCCCCUGAUGGGGGCGUCGGGCCUCCCUUUCUCGGCCAACGGGCGCCCCCUGGCGGCGGGGCUGCGCACCGGGCCCCCCCCCGCCAGCAAACGGCAGAAGCUGAACCCCGCGGACGCCCCCAACCCCGUCGUCUUCGUGGCCACCAAGGACACCAGGGCGCUGCGGAAGGCCCUGACGCACCUGGAGCUCCGCCGCGCUGCCCGUCGCCCCAACCUGCCCCUCAAGCCACGGACGCGGACCCCGGCCCGGUUCCCGACCCGAACACGGAGGUGGGCUGCGGCCCGGACCCCGACCCCAACCCGGAGACGGACCCCGACGUAGAGGCCUUACCCCGGGGCGGGUUCCGCUGCCGCCUGUGCCAGGUCUCCGCAGCCAACCGGCCGAGCCUGGUGGAGCAUCUGCGGGGGAAGAAGCACCGGCGGCUGCGGAGCCUGCGGGCCGAGCGCCGGGCCCAGGAGCAGCGGAGCCUCUUCGUCAGUGGUUUCGCCCGCGGCACCUCGGGCACAGAGCUCGCUGAAUAUUUCGGGGCUUUCGGAGAAGUGGCGGCUGUCGUGAUGGACAAGGAGAAGGGCGCCUACGCCAUCGUGGAGCUGCGGGAUGCUGCGGGCCGGGAGCGGGCGUUGGCGGAGCCCCAGCACGGGUUGUCCGGACACCGGCUCCGUGUCCGUCCCCGUGAAGAGAAGGUCUUCGCCUACGGCCGCCCGGGACGCGGCCCCCGCCGGGAGCCCCUUGGCCCAGGCCGGCUGGAGCAGGCGCUUUGCCAGGCCUCAGAUGUGGACUCCCAGAUGUCACAGCUGGUGGGGCUGCUGGAGCUCAGCGAGGACGAGCGCCGCGUACGGCACCUCCUGGUGACGCUCUUCCAGGAGGUCUUCACUGAAUUCUUCCCCGGCUGCGCCGUCGUGCCCUUCGGCUCUUCCGUCAACGGUUUCGACACCCGUGGCUGCGAUCUAGACUUGCUUCUGGACCUGGAGCUAACCAAAUCCCUUCAGGCAUCAACACGAGAUGCUCCCGGGGCUGGAUCCGGCUCCGGCGCUGAGGAUUCCAUCCUGAGCGAUAUCGACCUGGCAGUGACGCCGGCACCGGAGGUGCUGGAGCUGGUGGCAACAGUGCUGCGGCGCUGCGUGCCGGGCGUACGCCGCGUCCGGGCUGUACCCACCGCCCGCCGCCCCGUCGUCAAGUUCUGCCACAAGCAGUCGGGGCUGGUGGGCGACAUCUCCGUCGACAACAGGCUGGCACUGCUCAACACACGGUUCCUGCAGCUUUGCGCCGAGGCGGACGAGCGCGUACGGCCGCUGGUCUACGCGGUGCGGCUCUGGGCCAAGCAGCAGGGUUUGGCAGGAAACCCCUCUGGGGGCGGACCCCUCCUCAACAACUACGCCCUGACGCUGCUGGUGCUGUUUUUCCUGCAGACGCGCAGCCCCCCCGUGCUGCCUACUGUCGCCCGUUUGCGUGAUUUGGCAGGGGACGAGGACCGCGCCGUUGUGGCCGGGUGGGACUGCAGCUUCCCACGGGACGUGGCAUCGCUGGAGCCCAGCACCAACACCGAGAGUCCCUGCUCGCUGCUGGCCAAGUUCUUCCACGUUUUUGGGGACUUCGACUUCACGGGACAGGUGAUCUCACUGCGGGAGGGCCAGGCGCUGCCACUGCCGCCCCCCACUGCCCCCGAGACCGGCGAUGCGUUGAAGCUGGGACCCCUCAACCUGCAGGACCCAUUCGAGUUGAACCACAACGUGGCGGCCAAUGUCAACGAGAAGACGGCGUCGCGUUUUGGGCGCUGCUGCCGCGACGCAGCCAAGUAUUGCCGCAGCUUGCAGUACCGCCGCAAAUCCAGCAAAGGCCGGGCCUGGGGGCUGACGCGGCUCUUCCAACCGGGCGCGGUGGAACCAGGGGCAGCGAGCGCCGGCGCUUUCCUUAUCUCUAUUCCCUUGGAUGGCGCCGGCAGCAGCUCCCAACAGCUCUGCCAGGAGCCCGGUGGUCGCGGCCCAUGGUUCUGGGAGGUCUGCGACGCCAUCGCCUUCAUCCUGAGAGACGUCCUCAAGUGCAGCUGCACUGCGGGGAAGCCGCCGAGAGCUCCCCGCGAGGAAUCCGAGCUCCCGGUGGACUCAGCGCCGUCUGAGGAGCUGCCUACGGAAUCAGACACAGAGGAGCCAUCGGUAGCAGAGCCGUCGUCGGUGGGCUCCAAGCGUCACCUGCCCGAGGUGACAAAUGGCACCACGCUCCCGGCCAAGAAAAGACCGCGGACGAACGUCCCCGAUGAGGCAGCAAACUGGAGCUGCGCCAUCUGGCACCGUGUGUGGACGGGCCGACGCCGCGUACGCCGACAAUUGCAGCAAGGGGACAGCCCCGAGGGGCCGGAUGGCGACUCGCUGGAGCUGGAGCAGAAGGUGUCGGAGGCCAUCGUGCAGCAAGAAGGAACCGAGCAGCCGCUGCAACCGCUGCUGCGCUUCGAGGCCAGUGCCCGGGCGGCCAGCACGCGUCGGGAGAUGCGUGUGCUGCUGCGCCUCGUCCCUUCCCCAGUCCCCCCCAGCCCGCUUUUCCGGGACUUUUUCCACUUCUUGCGGAGUUUUCUGCCUGCCACAGUGCGACGACGCCUGGGCCAGGAGCCCACGGGGUGCCCAGACGCCCAGGAUGGAGGGGAUGGGGAGGUAUUUUCUACAUCCUGAGUUUUUUGCAGUAAAAGAUCUGUUUUGCA